CGGCAGCGACGUCCGUCGUCCCCCCUCUGGACCGCGCGUGACGCGACGGCUGCUUGCCUGAUCCCGCGGCGACACUGAACCGGAGUUUGCUUUCGUUCGCCUGAUUUUGCAGGUCGAGGUCGGAGAGCUGCCAUGGGUUCAGACAACAUCGGCCCCAGAGAUGUCUGCGUUGUCGGGGUCGCCCGCACCCCUAUGGGUGGUUUCCUCGGCGCCCUGUCUUCCUUGUCUGCUACCAAACUCGGCUCCGUAGCUAUCGAAGCUGCUCUGAAAAGGGCAAAUGUGGAUCCAUCCCUUGUGCAGGAGGUCUUCUUCGGCAAUGUCUUGAGUGCUAACUUGGGGCAAGCUCCUGCAAGACAGGCUGCCUUGGGUGCAGGGAUACCAAACACGGUUGUUUGCACUACCGUCAACAAAGUCUGCGCGUCUGGCAUGAAAGCAACGAUGUUUGCUGCACAGUCGAUUCAAUUGGGCAGCAAUGAUAUUGUAGUGGCAGGUGGCAUGGAAAGCAUGUCGAAUGCUCCGAAAUACAUCGCUGAAGCUAGAAAAGGUUCUCGUUUCGGACAUGACAGCCUUGUUGACGGUAUGCUUAAGGAUGGCCUUUGGGAUGUAUACGGCGAUUGUGCCAUGGGAGUGUGUGCUGAGCUUUGUGCUGACAAUCAUGCUCUGACAAGGGAAGACCAAGAUGCUUUUGCUAUCCAAAGUAAUGAGCGGGGAAUUGCUGCUCGUGAUAGUGGCGCUUUUGCAUGGGAGAUCGUUCCGGUCAUUUUCUGUCUCAUUGCCAAUACUACUAACCAUUCCUUUAUUUGUUUUCCUAAUGCCCUCUGUCCUAUCUACCAGGUUGAAGUUCCUGUUGGCAGAGGAAAGCCACCGGUGCUUGUUGAAAAAGACGAGAGCUUAGACAGGUUUGACCCAGCGAAACUGAGGAAGCUCCGCCCAAGUUUCAAGGAGAACGCUGGUACUGUUACUGCCGGGAAUGCUUCUAGUAUAAGUGAUGGUGCUGCUGCAUUAGUAUUGGUGAGUGGGCAGAAGGCUCAAGAACUUGGACUGCAGGUUCUUGCAAGGAUCAAAGGAUUUGCCGAUGCAGCUCAAGCUCCCGAACUAUUUACCACUACCCCGGCACUUGCCAUACCGAAGGCUCUCUCAAAUGCUAGCUUAGAAUCUUCAUCUGUUGAUUUUUAUGAAAUUAACGAAGCCUUUGCGGCUGUUGCACUUGCAAAUCAGAAGAUUCUCGGAAUCCCUUCAGAAAAGAUUAAUGUACAUGGAGGAGCAGUGUCUUUAGGACACCCUCUUGGAUGCAGCGGUGCUCGCAUUUUGGUCACCCUUAUUGGUGUCCUCAGGGAGAAGGGUGGCAAAAUCGGGGUGGCCGGCGUCUGCAACGGCGGAGGCGGCGCAUCCGCACUUGUUCUCGAGCUCGCGUAGAAGCGCAAACCAAAUCCUGUAACAACCAAAAGAUAAUAUAGUGCCUGGUUGUGUUCAUUGAGCAUAUAGUACAGGAGAAAGGUUGGCGGUGGCCUUAUUUCAGGUGCUAUUGUGUCAACAUGUAAAAUUGUUUCGUGACAGUAGGCAUGAAUUUGUGUUUGCAAUUUUGGGCCAGUUUUCGGGAUGACUCCCAUUUUCCACUGUAGCUAUCUGGAUGCUAUAAUAAGCUUAUAAUAAUUUUCGCAAUAAAGCAAUGUCUUGCCCA